AAUUGAUCUUCAGUUCUUCGACCGAAAAAAGAAUUGGCCUUCAGUUGGAUGCUGCGCGCACAUUUUACGCGCCAUAAUAUAAACCCUAUUUACAGGAAUCCAACUAACAAAUGGAUUAAAGACAUUGCAACUUACGUUGGCGCUCCCUGUCUUCUCCUCCCGCAAGAUAGACAGAUAAGAAAAUUUUCCUUAAGAAUUCAAGCCUUAAUUUCUAUGGCUUAAUUUGAACGUACCGGUGAUUUCUCUUGGCAUCUCUGAGAAACUCGUAUUAUUGACAAUGGCCAACGGAUUAGUUUCGUUUGUUGAUUUCUCUGAUUUGACCGUACGUAGCCUCUCGAGUUUGAUGAUUGAAUCAUUUGCCCUUGUGACUGUUAAUUAGUGUGGGUUGGAGUCUUCUGCAUCUUCUUUUUUCGGUGAGGAGUCUUCCGCAUUUGAUGAAUGGCCGAAAUUGAUGUUUCAAAGUAUGCUUAUAGUCCUGUGCACAAGGCCGUAGUGCUGAAGGACUAUGCUGGUCUCAAAGAGAUACUAGCACGUCUCCCACGACUUGGAAACCCAUAUGACAUUCACACUGAGGCAGAGUCAAUAGCUGAGGAAGAGAAGGCUGAGGCUAUCUCUGCCGUGGUUGAUUACCGUGAUGUUCCGAAUCGCGAUACUCCUCUUCAUUUGGCUGCUAAACUUGGCGAUGAAGUAGCCACUGAAAUGCUCCUUGUUGCUGGGGCAGAAAAAAAUUUGAAGAACAAACAAGGGUGGAGUGCUCUUUCAGAAGCUAUCCUCAAUAACCAAGAGAAAGUUGGCUUGCUUAUGGUUCGGCAUUCUUGGAAUCAUUUAGAUGAAAAAUGGCAUAGGAGGGUGCCUCGCUAUAUAGCAGCCAUGCAAAGGAUGAGAGAUUUCUACAUGGAGAUUACGUUUCAUUUUGAGAGUUCUGUAAUUCCUUUCAUCUCAAGGAUUGCCCCUUCAGAUACCUACAAAAUUUGGAAAAGAGGUGGUAAUAUGAGGGCAGACAUGACUUUGGCUGGUUUUGACGGUUUAAAAAUUAAGAGGUCAGAUCAGAGCAUGAUUUUCUUUGGUGAUGGUUUAGAAGAUCGGAAGAUGCCGCCUGGGUCACUCUGUUUCAUGUCACACAAGGAUAAGAAAAUCCUUACGUUUUCAUCUCCUGCGACUAAACCAACUGGUAGACAGGUAAGGAAAAAAUUUAAGAAAAAAUCUGAGGAUUCGAUAGUAAAUGUGGGAAUUGACAUGAGUCAAGCAUUUCUGGUUCCCCAAUUGACAUGGAGACGAAAAGAGAGAAAGGAAAUUGUGGGACCAUGGAAAGCUAAGGUGUAUGAUAUGCACAAUGUGAAUCUAAGCGUCAAAUCUGUAAAGGGCCCGAGAGCUAAGAAAGAUGAUAAGGCCUCUAGCAUUAGAAAUAAAAAUGAGAGUAAGGAUAUUCAAGAUAUGUUGACAGAGGAAGAAAGAAAGCAACUGGAAUCUGCACUUGCCCAAAAUGUGGAUUCAUUGGAAUCAAAUAAUGAAGAUAGGCUUAAUCAAAAAGAAGAAGAAAAGAAAGAGAAAAAAGGACAUGGCCGGAAAGAAAAGGGGACCAAGAAGGGAAAACAUAUCAAAGCACCUUCAAUGGAUUCUGGUAGCAGCAGUUUUGACAAGGAAGGAAGUAGCGAGAGUGAGUAUAAACGCGGAAUGAGACCUAGCCUUUGGCUUUCGCCAAAUUUUCCACUAAAAGUUGAAGAGCUGUUGCCAUUGCUGAACAUUCUUGCAGAUAAAGUUAAAGCAGUUCGUCGGUUAAGAGAACUUCUCACGACAAAAUUUCCAAAGGAUACCUUUCCUGUGAAGGUUGCAAUCCCUGUGAUUCCUACUGUUAGAGUAUUGGUUUCCUUUACGAAGUUUGAGGAAUUACCGCCACUGGAAGAGUUCUCAUCGGCCCCUACAAGUCCAACUUCCGCAGACGAUGAAAACCCUGAAGAACAACCCCAAUCUUCUUCUUGGUUUCAGUGGGUAAAGGCCAACCCUAGUUCGUCCGCCGAUUCCAAUGGUGAAAUUCAAGACCUUUUUGCUAUUCCCUCCGAUUAUACCUGGACUACUCUAGAUGCGGAAAAAAGUAAAAAGACCGAAAAGUCAUAAUUAUUGAGGUUGUUGAAUCGUUGAGCAGGCUCCAGCUUCCAAGUGCUGUAUAUGAUCGCGGUGAGUCAUAAGUUUUGGUUAUGUAAGAAGCAGGAAUUAGUUGCAGAAAAUAAUCUGUCUAGUUUUAGUAUGGUUUUACUUUUACACAAACACAGAGGAUGGUAGCUAGUAUUGUCAGGUCAAGUCUGAGCAUAUUCAAACCCGAAACCUUGUGCUUGCAAGUAGCCAUAACUUUUUAUUCAUUGUGCAGUUUUACAAGUUAGCGACACAUUUGCACGCGCACUAAAUACCCACACGCAUAGACGGAUGUUAUGGAUUUUGCUUCUGUGUGGUAGGUCUAAACUCUGAAAUGCAAUUUUUAUUGUACCAAACCCGACAAGAAUGAGAUUAUGGAAUUUCAAAUACACAUGGUUUGUUCGUGUUCAUUCAA